AUGUUGACUCUGGCUGAUUUUCAUAUUCCUCUGUACUUAAGUAAAUGCGGCAUGGAAAUACUUUUCUUCACACGUAAUGCAAACACAUGCGAGACCAAAAAUUGUAAACCCGAUUUUCCAUUGCCUGAUGCGUUAAUCACCACAAAUAGUAAUGCAUUUCAGGAGAAUACUCACGCCUUGUCAGUAUCAUUUUGGUUGAGCAGGGAUGCGACUCCGGCGCGAGUCGCGCUGGGUGUAACCACCGUGUUGACCAUGACGACACUGAUGACUACCACUAAUGUAAGCAACUUCUUCAUCAAGUAA